GGCCGGCAGCGCCGCGGCGAUGCAGGUCCCCGUGUUCACGGUUGAUGCCUUUGCAAACCGGCCGUUUAGCGGAAACCCCGCGGCAGUUUGUCUGCUCGAAAAUGACUUGGAUGAAGAUUUGCACCAAAGAAUUGCGACAGAAAUGAACCUCUCAGAAACUGCCUUCAUUAAAAAACUGCACCCUACGGAUGACUUUACCAAAAGUUCCCGCUUUGGACUCCGAUGGUUCACCCCAGCCAAUGAAGUUCCUCUCUGUGGUCAUGCUACACUUGCCUCAGCUGCUGUUUUAUUUCACAUAAAAAAAAACCCAAACUCAGUUCUUACUUUUGUGACUUUGAGUGGGGAGCUGAAAACAAGACAAGAGAAAGACCAUAUUGUGCUGGACUUACCGCUUUACUCAACCUACCCACAGGAACUUCAGGAAGUAGAAGAGUUAAUAAAGGCUGCCACUGGUGACAUGAUUGUUCAAGAUCUCCGUUAUUCUCCUGACACAAAGAAACUCCUGGUCCGUCUCAGCGAUGCUUAUGAAAGGUCUGUGCUGGAAAAACUACAAGUGGGUGCACAACGUUUUCUGUCAGCUGAAAAAACUGGGAAAGUGAAAGGACUCAUACUCACUCUGAAGGGAAAGCCCAAUGGAAAAGACAAAGGCCAUGAUUUUUACUCCAGAUAUUUUGCACCUUGGUAUGGCGUGCUGGAAGACCCUGUUACAGGAUCUGCCCAUGCUGUUCUAAGCAGCUACUGGUCAGAGCAGCUGGGAAAGAAAGAAAUGCUUGCUUUUCAAUGUUCUCGACGUGGAGGAGAGUUGAAGAUUUCACUUCAUGAUAAUGGAAGAGUUGAAGUUGCGGGGCAGUUUGCUAUUGUAUUGAAAGGAAACUUGACUUUAUGAAGAAACUGACACUAACAGUAUCGUGUAUCACACCUUUACAUUACUCAUAUUGUGUUGAUUAUAUCUUAGUUUUGGGCAGUGCACUACCACUGUUCCCUAAAAUCUUCGAUUACUUAUUGUCCAUUUUUAAAAAUUGCUUGAAAACGUUCACUUUUAAUCUUGAAGAUCCCUGGCAUCGUUUCCUUCACUUUCAUCUCAGGAUUUCACCUGUAAAUUGAUCUCAGAAAUUGUCCAAGGACAUCCCUCUUAUUUUUCUGCUCUUAAAUAAUUCUUUUUUUCUCUUUUUCCCAUUAAAAGCCACUUGACCUUCUGGAUUGAUUUAUAAACUUCUUUAUGUGAUAAAACAAUCAAACUGACUAUAGUCAGCUUCCUUUCUCUGCCACAUAUUGAAAUGAUUCUUAUGUUCAUUAAUUUACUUGAAUUAAAACAUGAAGAAAAUACAAAAGGUUUAGAAAUAGAGCUCUUUUUUAUGAAUGGUACUUCUCAUGGGUAAAUGUAAUUGCUGCGACUUACAGUUCUUCUGCUUAUUUAACACUUCACAUUUAUAACAAAUUUAAGAGAUUGAUAUAGUGAUACCCUGAAGACUGUUAAAAAUUUUUUAAAAAGAAAAUGUUAUUGGUUACUGUAAUGUCACUUGCUUUUGAAGAACCGAAGAUUUAUUCCUAAAUUAAAAGUUUGUUCUCUAAUGUUCGUCAUUGAGCAUGCCGCUUCAGAUGUCA